GAUACCUUUCUCGAAACAAAAAAAUUUCUUACCUGCUCCUACUUGGUGACUGAGGGAAUUACUAAGACUCUCUUCUUGUUCAUUUCUGCGUAUUGUCUCAACUAUUCCUGACACUAUGAAUGCUAUUUGGAUGCCUCUUAAGUCUGUUCUCUGGGGAGGCAGUAAGGGGCUGUGGAGCUGGCCUCGGCACCGGGAGAGGCUGGACUUCCUGUCUCUCUGUGCUGAAUGGCUGCGAUGGCGCCCGCUCUCACUGACGCAGCAGCUGAAGCACACCACAUCCGGUUCAAACUGGCUCCCCCAUCCUCCACCUUGUCCCCUGGCAGUGCCGAAAACAACGGCAACGCCAACAUCCUUAUUGCUGCCAACGGAACCAAAAGAAAAGCCAUUGCUACAGAGGAUCCUAGUCUAGACUUCCGAAAUAAUCCUACCAAGGAAGACUUGGGAAAGCUGCAACCACUUGUGGCAUCUUAUCUCUGCUCUGAUGUAACAUCUGUUCCCUCGAAGGAGUCUCUGAAAUUGCAGGGGGUCUUCAGCAAGCAGACAGUCCUUAAAUCUCAUCCUCUUUUAUCUCAGUCCUAUGAACUCCGAGCUGAGUUGUUGGGGAGACAGCCAGUUUUGGAGUUUUCCUUAGAAAAUCUUAGAACCAUGAAUACGAGUGGUCAGACAGCUCUGCCACAAGCACCUGUAAAUGGGUUGGCUAAGAAAUUGACUAAAAGUUCAACACAUUCUGAUCACGACAAUUCCAGUUCCCUGAAUGGGGGGAAACGAGCUCUCACUUCAUCUGUUCUUCAGGGGGGUGAAGUAGGAGGAUCUGAAUCUGGGGACUUGAAGGGGGGUAUGACCAAUUGCACUCUUCCACAUAGAAGCCUUGAUGUAGAACACACAACUAUAUAUAGCAAUAAUAGCACUGCAAACAAAUCUUCUGUCAAUUCCAUGGAACAGCUGGCACUUCAAGGAAGCAGUAGGUUAUCACCCGGUACAGACUCCAGCUCUAACUUGGGGGGUGUCAAGUUAGAGGGUAAAAAGUCUCCCCUGUCUUCCAUUCUUUUCAGUGCUUUAGAUUCUGACACAAGGAUAACAGCUUUAUUGCGGCGGCAGGCUGACAUCGAGAGCCGUGCCCGCAGGUUACAGAAACGCUUACAGGUUGUGCAAGCCAAACAGGUGGAGAGGCAUAUACAACAUCAGCUGGGUGGCUUUUUGGAGAAGACUUUGAGCAAACUGCCAAACUUGGAAUCCUUGAGACCCCGGAGCCAGUUGAUGCUGACUCGAAAGGCUGAAGCUGCCUUGAGAAAAGCUGCCAGUGAGACCACCACUUCAGAGGGACUUAGCAACUUUCUGAAAAGCGAUUCAAUUUCAGAGGAAUUGGAGAGAUUUACGGCUAGUGGCAUAGCCAACUUGAGGUGCAGUGAACAAGCAUUUGAUUCUGAUGUCACGGACAGUAGUUCAGGAGGGGAGUCUGAUAUUGAAGAGGAGGAACUCACCAGAGCUGAUCCUGAACAACGCCAUGUACCCCUGAGACGCAGGUCAGAAUGGAGAUGGGCUGCAGACCGAGCAGCCAUUGUCAGCCGCUGGAACUGGCUUCAGGCUCAUGUUUCUGACUUGGAAUAUCGAAUUCGGCAGCAAACAGACAUUUACAAACAGAUACGUGCUAAUAAGGGGUUGAUAGUUCUUGGGGAGGCACCUCCCCCAGAGCAUACAACAGCAGACUUAUUUCUUCCACUUAGUUCUGAGGUGAAGACAGAUCACGGGACUGAUAAAUUGAUUGAGUCUGUUUCUCAGCCACUGGAAAACCAUGGUGCCCCUGUUCUUGGUCAUACUUCAGAAUCAUUGUCUACCAAAUCAUGUGGAGCACUGAGACCUGUCAAUGGAGUUAUUAACACUCUUCAGCCUGUCUUGGCAGACCAAGUUCCAGGUGACAUCUCUGAUGCUGAGGAAGUUCACCGGAACAGUACAAUCCGCUCUGGCUGUGAUGUGAAUCCAUCCUGUGCACUGUGUGGUUCAGGCAGUAUCAACACCAUGCCUCCUGAAAUUCACUAUGAAGCCCCUCUGUUGGAACGUCUCUCCCAGUUGGACUUCUGUGUUCACCCUGUUCUAGCAUUUCCAGAUGAUGUUCCCACAAGCCUGCACUUCCAGAGCAUGCUGAAAUCUCAGUGGCAGAACAAACCUUUUGACAAAAUCAAACCUCCCAAAAAGUUUUCACUUAAGCACAGAGCACCCAUGCCAGGCAGCCUGCCAGAUCCAACUCGUAAAGACAGGCACAAGUUGGUCAACUCCUUCCUAACAACAGCCAAGCUGUCCCAUCACCAAACCCGGCCUGACAGGACCCACAGGCAGCACUUAGACGAUGUGGGGGCUGUGCCCAUGGUGGAGCGAGUGACAGCGCCAAAAGCAGAGCGCUUGCUCAACCCACCGCCACCUGUGCAUGACCCAAACCACAGCAAAAUGAGAUUGCGAGACCAUUCAUCUGAGAGAAGUGAAGUGUUGAAGCAUCACACAGACAUGAGCAGUUCGAGCUACUUGGCAGCCACUCACCAUCCACCACACAGUCCCUUGGUGCGGCAGCUCUCCACCUCAUCAGACUCCUCCACACCCACCAGCUCUAGCCCACAGGUUACAACCAACACAUCUCAGCAGCCGGUAAGGAGGAGAAGGGGAGAGAGCUCAUUUGAUAUUAACAACAUUGUCAUCCCAAUGUCUGUUGCUGCAACAACCCGUGUAGAGAAACUACAAUACAAGGAAAUACUUACACCCAGCUGGCGAGAGGUCGAUCUUCAGUCUCUGAAGGGGAGUCCUGAUGAGGAGAAUGAGGAGAUUGAGGACCUAUCCGACGCAGCCUUUGCCGCCCUGCAUGCCAAAUGUGAGGAGAUGGAGAGGACACGGUGGCUGUGGACCACGAGUGUGCCACCCCAGCGGCGGGGCAGCAGGUCUUACAGGUCAUCAGACGGCCGGACAACCCCCCAGCUGGGCAUUGCCAACCCCUCCACCCCGCAGCCCGCCUCUCCUGAUGUCAGUAGUAGCCACUCUUUGUCGGAGUUCUCCCAUGGUCAAUCUCCUAGGAGCCCCAUUAGCCCGGAACUGCACUCAGCACCCCUCACUCCUGUGGCUCGGGACACUCCACGACACUUAGCCAGUGAAGAUACCCGUUGUUCCACGCCAGAGCUGGGGCUGGACGAACAGUCUGUCCAGCCAUGGGAGCGGCGGACCUUCCCCCUGGCGUACAGUCCCCAGGCAGAGUGUGAGGACCAGCUGGAUGCACAGGAACGGGCAGCCCGCUGUACUCGGCGCACCUCAGGCAGCAAGACUGGCCGGGAGACAGAGGUGGCACCCACCUCGCCUCCCGUCGUGCCCCCCAAGAGUCGGCAUCUAGCAGCAACAGUCACAGCUCAGCGCCCGACUCACAGAUGAGCGGAAGACAAGAAUCUAAACAGACUCACUAACUAUUGGCAUUAAAGCUUCAGAAAUCUCUGCGUUUGAUAUUCAAACAUCAUAUGCCGGAAAUUUUCACAGUUUUUAGUGAAUUUAAGGAAUUUAGAUCCUACUUUGGCAUUUUUUUUUCCUUGUUUUAAUUUUUGUUUUGUUUUUGUUUCCAUGUUUUCUUGUCACACACACCUGAGCACUUCCUCCAGUUGGCAAACAGAAGUUCAGGAUAAGACCCUGCUGGCCUGGUCCUGGCACAUCCUCUGCACUGUUGAAUCACUGGACUUACUGAUGUUAGAUGAUCACCCCUCUCCCUCACUCCUGUGGGCAGGGUGAGACAGCCACAUGGGCAGAGAGAACGGGAAGCUCCGGUUCAGCAUUGCCUUCUUUGGUGAGGGUGGGACAGAGCAGGGUGCUCUGGGCUCUUACCCUCUCCCCUCCCAUCUGUGGCUUGGCUCAGCUCUGGCCCUCCUGGCUGGCUCCCCCUUGGUUUUCUGUGCUGGAGCACCCCACCAGAGCCACUUUGCCAUAACUGCCAGCUGUUCUCAUUGAGCUCCCAAUGGCAGAACAACUUCCUCUGGCACGUAGAUCUUGGAGACCUGUUUUCGUUUCCAUUUUCAUCUAUAUUUGGUCAUCUCUGUCUUGACUCCUUAACUGCAGUAACCUGGCUGUGGCUGCUCAGGUUCCCACCAUCCUGCCCCUUGGCACCCUCGCAUCUGUCCCAUCCAUGCUCACCCCCACACACCAGUCCUUCCACUCGGAAUGGCUGUACCACCUAUCCUGAUCUGUGAAGGUGGGGUUAGGACUACUUAACCUCUGUUCCCACUCCCCUGCAAACCAGGGCAUCUGGGAAGUGAGCGGCCAGCUCCCCUGUGUAAUUUUGUGUUCACUGAUUCACUUGGUCAUGUUCCCCUCACGUCCAGGUCCCUGUCAGUGUCAAUUAGACUCUUCCUCUUUCACGUUCCCCUUGCCUGUGGAACAUGUCCUAGCUGUGGUUUCCGUCAUUCCCCUGUCACCCUUCUUUGUUAACCUUGUGCCUGUCUCAUGUAUAAUCACAUCACCAAAAAGGGGGAGGGGGGAAAGGACUUCUUUUUUUUUUUUUUUGCCAUUUUGUAAUCAUAUAAAAAAUAGUAGACAAACUGCUUAAUGGUUGGGGUUUUUUCACAAUUUUCAACAUUAGUGAUUUUUUUUUUUUCUGGUUCUGUUUGCAAGUUAAAGGGUUUGUCAUUGUUUCUUUAAAAAACAAUAAUGCACCAUAUCCCUAUGCAUAAAGUGCUUCUUCUAUUUAUAAGGUUGAAAAUUCUGAAUAACCCUUUUAGCAUUG